ACUCUCUUUCCCAUGAUCCUCCCCGCGGUCUCUGCGUGACGUCAUAACAACGCGACGCCAGCCCAGGAUUCACGUUCGGAGAGCGUUUGGUGUGGAGUUUGAUUCAGAUUGCACAGAUCAGAGCGCAGCAGAGAUGGCAGACAAUCAGGAAAUGUCUCUUCUGGAGAAGAAGGUGGUGGAUCAAAUUGAGUAUUAUUUUGGGGACCACAAUCUCCCUCGAGACAAGUUUCUGAAGGAGCAGCUGCAGUUAGAUGAUGGCUGGGUCACUCUGGAGACAAUGCUGAAAUUUAACAGACUGAAGAGUCUCACGUCAGACGCAGCUGUUAUUGUGGAGUCCCUGCAGAAAUCUAAAACCGGUCUGCUGGAGAUCAGCGAGGACAAAACCAAAAUAAGACGAAAUCCCAACAAACCUCUUCCUGAGGACAACGAGGAGUACAGGGACGCGCUCAAACACAAAUCCAUCUACAUGAAAGGUUUUCCUCUUGAAACCACGCUGGAUGAGAUUAAAGAGUGGUUUGCAGAUAAAUGCACGGUUGAGAACAUCUACAUGAGGAAAGGAGCUCAGAAGACUUUCAAAGGAUCGAUCUUUGUGGUUUUAGAGUCUGAAGAAGCGGCCAAGGCUUGUGUGGAGCGCACUGAUGUCAAAGAGUACAAAGGGAACGAGAUGAUCGUCAUGAUGAAAGAGGCCUACUUUUCUAAAAAGAUUGCUGAGAGGAAGCAGAAUCGUGUGGAAGCAAAAGCUAAAGCAAAAAGUGAAAAGGAGGACAAGCAGAAACAAGCUGAAGAAGAAGAGAUGAAAUCCCUGAAUGAUCAGAGAGGCUGCCUGCUGAAGUUCUCCGGUGAGCUGGGUCAGACCUCGAGAGAGGAUUUCCACGCGGUCUUCUCGGAUCAUGCUCGGAUCAAAUGGAUUGAUUUCACCAGAGGAGCUAAAGAGGGCACAAUCCUGUUCCACUCGAACGCCCAGGAGGCGCUGCAGAAGGUCCGUGAGGCUCACGGAGGACAGGAUCCCAAGGUUAAAGAGCAGGUAGUUCAGUGGGAGGUCCUGGAGGGAGACGUAGAAAUGGAGACGCUGAAGAAAAUCAUCGAGGAUCAGCAGGAGUCCAUGAACAAACGUAAAGGAGGCAGAGGAGGUCACCGGGGUCGUGGAAGAGGCAGAGGAGGACGCAGAGACCGAGGAGGAAGAGAACAGACCCAGUUCAAGGGAAAGAAGACCAAGUUUGAAAGUGAUGAAGAGGAAGAUGAAGAACAAGCCAGUCUAAAGAAGAGACCUCUUGAGUCAAAUGGGCAAGAUAAUGAAGAGCCAGCUCCCAAACAAGUGAAAAGUGAGACCGGAUCUUAAGGGCAAAGAACUGUGGCCUUAUUUUUGUAUAGUAGAUGUUCCUUAAAAUCAAGAAACCUGGAAAAUGCUUUCUCAGACUACUUCCUGCAGUGUCAACAGCUGCACAAAAGCUUAACGCCACACUUUUCCCCUAAACUGAAAAAGGCAAAACACACUGGAUGCCUUGAUGUUGUUUAUUUAUUUGCCAAACAUACACUUA